AUGGCGGGAAAACCACAACCGGUUCGCGUACUGUAUUGUGCGGUGUGCAGUUUGCCUGCAGAGUACUGUGAAUUCGGGCCCGAUUUCGAGAAAUGCAAGCCCUGGUUGAUCCAGAACGCCCCAGACCUUUACCCGGAUCUCGUUAAAGAGGCUAAUGCGAAGGAAGCUGAUAAAGUAGCCAACCAGUUGCAGUCUACUGGUAUAUCUUCUGGUGGAGAUGGAGCUGCUUCUUCAGCACCUAAGCAAGAAGAAGUCAAGCGUCUUCCAGGCGGGAAGAUUAAGAAAAAGGAGAGGCAAGAAGUUACUAUUGAAAAGAUGACGCGUAAUAAGCGAAAAUGUAUCACCACUGUGAAAGGGCUGGAGCUUUUUGGUGUCAAACUUAGUGAUGCUUCAAAGAAAUUGGGGAAAAAGUUUGCCACGGGAGCCUCUGUUGUUAAGGGGCCAACUGAGAAGGACCAAAUUGAUGUUCAAGGGGAUAUAGCCUAUGACAUUGUGGAGUUUAUUACAGAUACCUGGCCUGAUGUCCCAGAAGCUGCAAUUUUCUUUAUAGAAGAUGGCAGAAAGGUCCCAGCUGCUUGA